AUGUCGCUGAAUGGCCUGGACGCUGCGGCCGUCAAGGAAGCCUACGAGGCCGCGGUCGCUGAGCCCGGAGGAUGGUUCCUGCUCAAGUACACCAGCCGCGAUGAGGUCGACGUCUUGGCCAAGGGCAAUGGCGGCACCGUCGACAUGCGCAACAACAUCGCCCAGUACGAAGAGACGUCGCCGUUGUUCGGUCUCCUGCGAUACCGCCGCAGGAAUGUGAUCAUCAAAUACCUGCCCGAGGGCUGUUCUCGAUUAAUCCAAGCACGACUCGCCGUCCACUUUAAUGCGGUCUGUGAGCGAUUCGCCCCUUAUGACACCACCUUCGACAUCGCCGAGGCCAAGGAACUGAAGGACACCAAGCUGUCCGCGGCUUGCUCCCUGCACACGGCAUCUGAGUCCGCAUCGUCUUCCACAAGCUCACUGCGCCGGAGGAGGUUGAUGGAAAUAGCUGAAGAGGAGGAAGGGGAACAAAGAACAGCCAAGAGACAGUCCACGGUAGAAGAGGAGGAGGAUCAUCAGUCAGAUAUCGACCCGACCGAAUCUCGGCCGCGCUCGCCUAUCACUGGCCCACCCGUCACUCUCGACCCGCAACUCGCCUUCGCCAGAAGCAUCACAUCCUUCGAGACGGACACAGGCCGGCGCCUGUCAUCGCAGUCCUCACGGCAGGAUUACUACAGCUCCUCGUCCUAUUACAACAAACCAAGAGUGAAGCUCGGGCCGCGCCCAUCGAUCGAUCCGGCUGGCAAGCAAGGCAGCUCUGGCUCUGUCCGACCGGUCGCGUCCAUGCCCGCGAGCCUCAAAUUGUCUUUUAAGGGAGCCAAGAGGACCAAGACGCAGGACGACUCUUCAUCCGUGAUCAGUGAGGAGCCUGGGGAUAACGCCUUCCUUACGCCAACGACACCCCUUCCAGGGGACUCUUCACUCCUCCAGGCCUUGCGACCACGCACCAGCGGCGGAAGGCCGUCCACCAGUUCCGGUGUGUCGGUCAAGUCACUGCCGUCGAUAUCAGCUCCUAGCAAGAAUACUAUGACACCUGAGAAGCUGCGUCUUAUGAAGGCCAUGCAGUUACGAGAAAAGAAGAAGAUGGCAAGCGCGCAACCGCCCCCGGUCCCUUCGGUCCAGGUGACAGCCGACCCUGAGGAGGCUGAGACCGCAGUUGAAAAGCCCGAAACCAGAGACGAGACCCAGACUUCUGCAGAAAACGACCAGGCUGUGGAUCACCUGUCCCUCACCAAGAUUGAGUCCGAGGGCGAUAACUCCUCUACCAUCCCGACCGACCAUGCCUCAGUGCGCACGCAAACGGAUUCUCGGCCACCUUCGCCGAUAUGUGCUUCCUCGGAAGUUGGCGACUCGACCAAGGCGUCGUCCGUGUCAGAUUCUACAGAGGAAACAAUUCAGGGACAAGGAGACAAGAAUGAACAAGAACAUGAGAAUAAUACAGGGAGCGCGCAAGAAGCCGACACGCUCAAGCAAGAUGAUGCACGGCCAGGCGAAGCCCCUGCUGCCGGCCCAGACGACGCUGGAAUCGAGAGCGGCCCGGGAGUCGAGGGACAAGAGGUGUCCCAAGCGCCACUGACUCAGACGGAGCAGCAGCCUGACACAGAGGACGCCCAAAGGGAGGCCAUGAACGGCCAGGCCGUCGUGGAGCCCAUGGGUCCGGACCCACAUGAGGUUACAUCUGUACCUGGAAGGAUUGAUGAGGUGGGCCCUGCCCCUGUGGACCCUGCUGCCGAGAGGACACAAGACGGAUCAGCCGCAUCACCGCCCAAAUGGAACCUCCCAAUUUCAAAGUACUCUACCCAUGAUUCCAGCAAGAAUCUCGCUCCUUCCCCCAUCCCAGCCAUUGUGACUUCCUCGACCGACACGCCUGAUGGAGACCACCAGGACCUAGCCAAUGCAGCAGACACCAUGGAAGCCGAGAGCGCUUCCAGCGAGAAGCGGUCUAAGAGACCUGAGCCCAUCAAUACGGACCUGGACCUCCCCGACAAGCAGCCAGUACAGGAGGAUGGACAACCCGCAGGCGAGCCGCAGUCCGCGACCACCCAGGAGGCCAAGCCAGUCAUAAUCGCCUCUCCAGUUGCCUCUCCCGUCACCGCCACUUCACAAGGUCAGCCCAGCGAGCCACCGACACCACGCAUCAUGCGGACCGUAUCGAGCCCGAUCCAGAGCCCACAAAAGCCGACCCCUGGAGCCGGACCCCCGUCCGCGAGAUCCGUCUCACAGGGUGCAGCAUUCCACUCGAGAAUGAACCAGCAGUCAGCCUCUCACCUGGGGCCCCGACCGCCUGGCAAGCUCUCGGGUGGACUUGCGUCGCGCAUCAAGGCCUUUGAGCAGCUGGCGACUAAGCCCCCCUCACCUGGCCUGCCCGUCGUGUCUGCCAAGGACCGGCCAUCGUCAGCGUUCUUCUCGGUCCGAAAGAACAGUAUCAGAGAUGGGGCCCAAUCCCCUGCCGCGCUUGAACGAGCAAACUCUGUGAGGGGAAGGUCGCCAGGUAACUCGCUCGAGACGUCUCCUGAGGCUAUUAUCAAGCCUUCGCGGGAACGUUCUGGGUCUGUGGCCAGUCGCUUGUCGGUAUUCGAAGGCGGCAAUGCACCAAGGGGAAGGCCCGAGUCGAUAUCGGUGACAGCCAGGAUUGUCCGUGACCCCGGUCCGACUCUCCCAAGGCCACAGGAGACUCCGCACGACCACGAGAGCAGCCCUCUGGAGCUCAGGCAAUCGCCGCUGAUCGUCGACCACCGGAAGGGUGCGGAGACCCCAGAGUUGGAGCACAUCCCGGACGCUGCGCCGCCGGUGCCGACGCCUCUUGUUCACGCGGGUGAACCCCAGCCACGUAAGUCGCUCCAGGAAAGGCGAUUGUCCAAAGCUGGAUCUCAGGCUGCCGGUGAUGAGCCUCGGGAUGGUCAUCGGCCGGGGCAACGCACGUCCUUGACCAUGGCCAGGGACUUCCUCCGGGACUCGAUGGUUGGCAAGGACGCUGCGAGCACGCCCCGGCCGCUAUCGAUGCACCAACAUCAUACCUCUCUGAUGGGUCGUCUGAGCAUCAGCUCUAAGCGCACGUCUUUUGGUCCUGAUGCUGCGACAUCGCCGGUGAAUCCUCUGUCACCAACCUCGACGGGUGAGUUGAGCGAAUCCGGUGAUGACAAGAAGUCAAAGGAGGGAAACCGAGCAAGCCGCUUCAUGCGACGUCUGUCCAGCUCAUUGAGCCCACGCAAACAGUCGACUCCAACGAUUUCUCCCACCUUGGCUGAAGAAAGCGUCGCUGAUGUUGAAAAAGCUACACCGCCCAGGGCCAUGACAGCACCUUCACUCCCCACGGCGGCCCCUCUUGCCGCCUCUUUAGGCGACGUCAACGUGCAGUUCCCCGACAACCUCCUGUGGAAGCGACGGACGGUCUCGCUGGACACGAUCGGCUACCUGCUCCUCAACGCCGUGCAGGGUGUGACAUCGAUUCGGGAGAAGCAACUUAAGCGGUAUCACCUGAGCGAGUUCAAGCCGCCCUACGCGCCCGAGAUCGAGUUCCAGGAGCUUCCCAACAGCGUGUGCUUGGAUUUCAUUGACGGUUCCAGCCUACAAAUCGCAUUCCAGGACCGUGCCGGACAGCUCAAUGGGCUGCACACACUCCAAGAAAACCACAAGAAGCACAUCUCUUCAGCGUCAUAA